AUAUACAACCUGCUGAGCAAGUGUCACUCAAACCAGAAUAUAUAAUAUUAUAUAAUUUUGGGCUCUUCUAUUCACUCAAAACAAUAAUCCAUCAUCUUCUGGCCUCAAAGGUCAAACAUUCUAAGUGAUCUAAAGGUGCAGCCCGAGGAUCAUUUCCUUCGCUCACUCAGAAAACGCCACACGCUCCUACCAUGCAGGCACCUGGACCCGACCACGAUGACACGUUUGACUUCCUGUUUAAGAUCAUCCUCAUUGGAGACACCAACGUAGGCAAGACCUGCGUGGUCCAGAAUUUUAAGUCAGGAAUUUUUGCCGAGAGGCAACAGAACACCAUCGGGGUGGAUUUCACUGUGAGAACUGUGAACAUCGAAGGGAAGAAAGUGAAGAUCCAGGUGUGGGACACGGCCGGUCAGGAGAGGUUUCGCACCAUCACUCAGAGCUACUACCGCAGUGCUCACGGUGCCAUGAUCGCCUAUGACAUCACAAGAGACUCGACCUUUGACUCAGUGAGCCACUGGAUCAAGGAGGUGGAGCUUUACGGAGCAGCUAAUAUUGUUCUGGUGCUCAUAGGUAACAAAUGUGACCUGGAGAACGAACGUCAAGUUCCCUUUGAGAGAGCCUGCAACCUGGCGAAAGACAGAGGCAUCCUAGCUGCUUUGGAAACAUCUGCAAAGGAGAGCCAGAACGUGGAAGAAGCCUUUCUGAUGAUGGCCAGAGAGCUGAUGUCUCGUAAUGGCCUUCACAUCCAGCGGGUCGACUCGGAAAGCUGCAGCUCACCUAGAAUUCUCCUCCAAGAAAACACUCGAUCGAUUGAUCUGAACGUAGCCGCCUACAAGCCACCAGAGAAGAAGUCGUGUUGCUGAUGCAGAAAAGAAACAAUGGCCGAUGACUAAAAUUAAGAGUUGUUAGUGAAUAGGGAAGGAAGUGAAGGACACUAUUUAUUACAAGCUUUCAGGAAGAGGAAUGAAAAGAAGAUUGAAAACUACGUAAAGACCUCAAGAACUACAAAAAUCUA